ACGUCCACUUCUCCCGAGUCUUCUUCUAUACCAUGAGCUCUGGCUCUGCCCAGGAUGUGGCAGUCGAGCAUUUCCUGCGUGACAUAGAGAGGCGAAGCAAGCGGCUGCACUGCGCUGUGAUAGGCUGCGAGGAGGAGCGACCCUGCAGCGACAUGAACCUGCUGUAUCGUAAGAGCCGUUUGGACUGGAGGCAGAAGGACCAAGAGGGAAGUAAAAAGAGCUCCACCCAGAACGACCCCUCAGCCACUGUUGGUAAAGUCAGAGACUUGGCUUCUUUCCGCCGGCACUUCCGGAUGGGUUUCAUGACCAUGCCAGCCUCCCAGGACCUCUCCCCUCACUCUUGUGCCUCAGCCAUGGCGCCACGCUCGCAGUCCUGCCAUGCUGUAGGUGCCGGGGAUACGAGUCUGGAGAACGGAGAUUAUUCCGACACCCAAUCCCAACAUGGAGGCCGCUGCCCUCCGGCCAAACCCAAACGUCACCCCAGCACUCGCCUCAGCUCCUCAUCCACUGACAGCAGAGGACUUCUUGAGACGCCGCCACCUCCUCCGUCCAAACACUCAGAGAAGAAAAAUGCCAUGAAAAAGUCUGACUCUGGAGAUAUUGGAUCAAAGAAGGUCCCUCCUUUAAAGCCCAAGAGAAGUCCCAGCACCCAGCUUUCCUUUGACCCCCUUCCUCCACGUGUGCCUCCUUCUGCCACAUCCUUGCCUUUCCAGGCAGCAGACUCUCAGAUUCAGACUGGAGACGGGGAGGAUGAGCCAGUCUAUAUAGAAAUGGUGGGCCAAGUGUUCACCAGAGAAAACCAGACGGCCACCCCUCACCCUGUCACCCCUGUGGCCACCACCCCUGACUCUGACUCAGACCAGAGUGAGGCCAUCUAUGAGGAGAUGAAAUACCCGCUGCAAGAGGACAGAGAGUCCCAGAGACACCUCCCUCCAAAACAUGAGAAACUGAGAAACUCUAAACACUUUCAUGUCACACCCUCCUCCUCCAGCAGCUCCUCCUCUCUGCCACGCCCCUCCUCUUCCUCUCCUUCCUACUCCAAACCCAAAGCCACCGUGUCAAUAUCCCAUUCAUCUCCUCUGCCUUCCUCAGCAUCCUCCACCCCUGUCCCCCAGGUCCUCUCUGCCAGUCCACACACCCCAAGAGCUCCUACUCCCUACCUGCUGCAAGGGAGUAAAUCCGAGCCUGAGUCCAACACGAAGAUCCCAGCCCCUUUCCCCAAUCUUCUCCAGCACCGGCCCCCACUGCUUGCCUUCCCUCAGCCGGCAGCAGCCUCCAGUGGGGUUGGGGUGCAAAACAAGGUGUCCGCUUCUGCUAAAAUGGGAACUCAAACAUCCAGCGUGACAACUCAAGCCAGCACCUCCUCUUCAACUUCUUCUAAUGUUCCAGUAUCCAAGGAGUCAACAGGAGGAAGUGCCACCCAGCAGGACAAACACAGCAGAGAUGCCCAGUUAGGCCCUGCUCCGGGUCUGAGAGCCAGGAGCCACUCCACACCUCUGCCUCCCUCCUCCAAAUCCACCUCCCCUUUCUCCCAUCACCACCACCACCCUCACCAUCGCCCCUCUCACUACCAUCACUAUCGCAAGCCAGAGAGAGGAGACUCCCCUGUUCCAAACAAGAGCAGCUCUCAGACUUCCACAGUCCAGACCCAAACCUCAAGUACAGGCAAGGAAGGCAAGUCUGUGAGCUUCCUCCUGAAGUCGGAUAAAGGAGAGAGGGAUAAGGAUAGGGACAGAGACAAGGAUAGGGACAGGGACCGAGAUAGAGAGAGGGAUAGGGAUAGGGGUAGAGACAGGGACAGGGACAGGGAGAGAGAAAAAGAUAAAGAUAAGGACAGAGAUAGAGACAGGGACAGAGAUAGGGAUAAGGACAGGGACAGAGAAAGAGACAGAGAAAGGGAUAGAGAUGGAGGGCCGUACUGCUUACAGUUGGAUCUCACUCACUCCACUAGCAGCCAAACAUCUCAAAGCAGUACCAGCUCAACCCCUACGCCAUUGUCCUCAUCCCAACGUCCUCAUUCUCGCCCCCAUCUUCGCUCACACACUCCUCACGGGCUGCCAGCUUACAAGCCUCCCUCCUCGGACAGCCCCCUGCUGUGGACCUACCCCUCCGGUGGCUUCCGGAGACCGCCGGCCUAUGAGAGCCUGAGAGGAAGCUCUCAGACGCCGUCUCUACAACAGCCUUCAAGUCUUACUGGUGUAGGUGAGGGGGCAUCCAAAAGUAAUGGAGGGUCUGCGUCCCUCCAGUCGAAGGUUGGCUUCAUGCCCUGGGACAGCAGCGCCAGCUUAGCUGCAGAUGAGGGAUCUUACUGGCCUAUGCAAAGGAAAUUGUCCUUCAGCCAUGGGAGCAGAGAGACAGAGAAGGAUGAAGGGCGUGCGUGGAAUGGCAGCGCAGAUGCUCUGUUAAGGAUGGACAAGGAGGACAUCUGCAUGGGGUCUCGGGGAGGCCACUCAGGCAUCCCAGUGCACUUCAGUGGUGUCACCAGCAGGGCCCUUGGUCACAGUGAGUCCUUGGCCGGUGUAGAUAGCAGUCCAGGUUUCAGAGCCCUGCCCAGAGUCGGCCUGCCUCUUCCCUGCCAGACGUUUCCUGCCUGUCGCAAUGGAGAAGUGGGGCGGCUGGGCCGCUCCUCCUCUGCUGCUGGGGUGAGACAGGUGGGUGGAGACGUCCAGAGACAGAGCAGCCUACCAGCACGAGAAGCCCUGAAUCAGCUGCAUGGUCUGGCCCAACCUCCAGCGCCCUGCAGUCCCAGCAGUCCCAGUGUGUCUCGGCAGCAGCAGCAGCUUCAGCUACACCAGCAGCAGCUCCAGUUAAAGCAGCAGCUCCAGCAGCUUCAGCAACAGCACCACCUACAGCUGCAGUUCCAGCAGCUCGCCCAGCUGGCACAAGGACAGGCUCCUGUCAGCGGGGGCACCACCCAGUCCACAACGCAGACCCAGAGAGACGGCAAGCUGCUGGAAGUCAUCGAGCGUAAACGCUGCCUGUGCAAAGAGAUCAAGGCCCACAGGCGCCCUGACAAAAGCCUGUGCAAGCAGGACAGCAUGCCCAUCCUCCCUAGCUGGAGACGGACACCUGAGCCUCGUAAGACUGGCACGCCACCCUGCCAGAGGCCACAGGCCGUCGUGUGGGACACGGCUAUCUGAGGUGGAGAGACAGGGCAGCAAGUACAGCACUGAAGAGAGACUAAAAACACAUAUGAGUUGAAAAUGUUUGAACAAUGGAUAAGAAACAAGAGUAAAAAUGGUUUCAGUAACUGGAAAAUUCUUCAAAUGGUUGUGGUGAGAUAAUUACCACAGAGGAGAGAGAGAAAGUUGCUCUUAUUGUGUGAUAAACUGAUCUGAGAGCGGUAAUUAAGGUUAUUGGAGACUUUGAACUCGUUUCGGGGAAAAACAAAAAAAAAGAGGUGGAGAAAAAGAAGUGUUACAAUCAAACUAAAUUAAUCUCUUACCCGGGUAAUUUGUACUUGCUCUGUCCUUUUUGAUGUGUUCUAAUUGCCAAUGAUUUUUUGCCACAAAAUGCCAGUAUUAUUGCUACUAAAUGAAGACACCGACUUAACAAUAAUGGGUGGGAUGUUUUCUGAGAUUGGUGUUGCCAAAUUUCCUCCUGACUACUUGAGACAUAAAGGAAUCAUGUAUUUUCUCCAACACGCAGUUACACAUAGAAACUACUCUGUGGGUGAGAAAAGGCAGACUUAUUGAUAAGUUAUUGAAGUGUUUCUUGAAAUCGUGAAUGCAUAUGAGAUGUCUUGGUAUCAAUAGAUUGUACUUGUGGAUGCAAAUAAUCAUCAUCGAGGAGUAAAAGCUACCUACUGUACCUGUUUGCAUAUUUGUAAUGUAAAUCUAUUUACUUUCUCAACAUUUCUGCAAUUUUAUAGCAAUAUGCUCCCAAUGCUGGAGCAACAUAAUUAAAACUUGUGUCAACUAGCCUAACAUACAUAUCUAAGACUUGAAUAAGUCACAUUUACUGUGUCAUUCUCUGCAUGUCACAAUAGACAUACAGUAUUGUAAAAGAAUAUGUGUAGAGAUGAUCAUGUCCGACUUUUACAUACAGCAGAUCUUCACUAUGAUAACAUGUGGUUGUAGAAAAAGAUGAAUAUAUUGCUUGGAGUAUCAUUAGAAAAGGUGACGUGACAGAUGGCACAUGCUGUGCAGUCCAGCCAAAUAUAGAUACAGAUCAAUGGUACAAAAACUUCAUCACUCAUGCUUAUCCACAGUUGCACAUUAGUGAUAGUUCCACCACACAGAAGCACUGACACCCAUCAACACAGACUGUCCAAUAUGGUGCAACUGAUAAGACUGUGAGUAUUGAUCACCUCAAACAGAAUGCUGGAACAAUCUGCACAAAUAUGGUAAACGCUUAGGAGAAAUUAAAUGCUAAUGCUCUGUAAAUAGAUAUGUACAACUGUAUUGAAAAUGUAGCAAUUAUUUCCAUUUUCAUACUUGUAAUCAAUACAUAUUAUGUAGCAUAUACUGUAUAAACAUAACUUUGUUCACUUGUUUUUUCUAAAAGAAUUAAGUACUUUAUCUGCUGCAGCCAGUCCAUGCAUUACUCAUAGUUCUACUAAUAAACAGUAAGCCCUCUAAAGAAAGGCACAGUCCAACAGUUGUUUAUUUAUUUAUGCAAGACUCCCUUUAAGCUGUGUCAUUGUUUUAUUUAUGCCUUUUUUCUACAUUCAUUUUUAUUUGUGUACAGAUCUCAACAGCUCUUUGUCUUGACAUUUUGAAUACUUUGCUGCUAUCUUGAACUACUGGUGUUGUUCAUUCAACUACAUGGUGUUACCAUGAGAAACAUUAUUAAUAUAGUGGUUAUUGUUACAUAUUUGUUUUAUUUCUGAAAGCCACGUGAA